GAGUGGCAGGCAGAGAUGUCCUCUUACCAUUUGCAGGAGGGUGUUUGCACUGUCUGUGCUCAGGUUUUUGCUGCUGAGUUGCUUGUUGAUGUCAUUCUGAGUAAGGAGAUGUUAUUGACCCUCAACAAUGAUUGGUUGCCUGUGGAGACAUGGCCUCAUACAUACAAUGUUGCCAAAUAUGAGGGUGUGAUUCUGUGUUGUCAUGGCAUGCACUGUGUGGACAACAUUGGGGCCCUUCAUAUGUGCCCCUGCUGUUGCAGAUUGCUGAGCAGAUGGUAUCCGAGGCAGCCAAAAGACACAAUUGUGAACUUUGAGUACUAUGGGCUCAGUGAGCUACCUGUGGAGGUGAGAUCCAUGCUGGCUGGUGUGACUGUGAUUACACAUCAUUAUCAGAUGAAGGGUGCACACAGUGGUUGUUUUCCAGAGAAGGUGAGCCAGCAAUUUAAUAGAGGAAAUGUUGCAAUACUACUGCAGGAUCCCAGUGCAUUGUGA